UUUUAUUAAACAUAAACAUGGCAACCCUAGUCUUUUUCCGGUACGCAAGGAUUACAAUCCAUUAUAAACCAUGGCCGAAGUCGAAGUUGAGGUACCAAACAACCCCGUUCUUAGUGGAGGUGCAAUGGACGUGAAUACAGCCCUCCAAGAAGUUCUGAAGACUGCACUCAUUCACGGCGGACUUGUACAUGGUCUCCAUGAAGCAGCAAAGGCUCUUGAUAAGAGACAAGCUGUGCUUUGCGUUCUCGCUGAAAACUGUGAUGAGGCUGCAUACAAAAAGUUAGUGCAGGCCCUUUGCAACGAGCAUCAAAUCCCCCUUGUUAAGGUCGAUAAUAACAAGAAACUUGGCGAAUGGGCUGGCUUAUGUAAAAUUGACAAGGAUGGCAAGGCGAGAAAGAUUGUUGGAUGUUCAUGCGUAGUUAUUAAAGACUUUGGCGAGGAGACACCAGCGCUGGAUGUGCUGAAAGACUACUUGAAGUCCUCAAGCUAAUCUUUAGGUGUAAUGUCUUAAAUAAAAACCCCAAAAAAAUCA